AAUAACAAUUAUUCAGUCUUUUCCUAUAUAUCACUAAGUGUUUCAUAUCUACAUAACAUAAAUUCCUUCAAUUUCUUUUUCCACUUUUGGUAAAUAUGGGUCUAAAAUACACACAAGGAUUCUUGCUGCUCGUGCUCUGUGCUUCCAUGUUGGGAGUCAGUGUAGCCAACAGGAACUGGCAAUAUGGGUGGAAUAGUCCUAAACACGGCCAUCGUCACCCUAAGUACACCGAUACUCCUAAAAAGAUUGUAGUAGGCGGUUCCGCCAACUGGACCUUCGGCUUUGACUAUACUGUUUGGGCUUUCAGAAACGGUCCUUUCUAUUUAAAUGAUACUCUUGUAUUCAAGUAUGAUCUGCCAAAGGAUAAUAGCACACAUCCUCAUAGCGUAUACUUGCUACCAGACCUAUGGAGUUUCUUGACAUGCAACUUGACUGAGGCUGUCAUGAUUGCGGAUGGAUCACAGGGGGGUGGCAACGGGUUCGAGUUUGUACUGAAUAAGUGGCAGCCUUACUUUUUUGCCUGCGGUGGAGGUGAGGGCAUCCACUGCAAUCUUGGCAAGAUGAAGUUCUACGUGCUGCCACUGCUUCGUCGUUGGCACUACUGAUCAGACAAUAUUUUGAUAGAUACUUCGGGGAGUUAUGCACUGCGCUUAACUAAAUAAUUACAGGAAAUUUCGUUUCGUGUCUUUGUGUUUGCUGCUAAUAAGAUUAACAUGACAUUUUUCUUUGUAAUUAGCUGAUGAUCAGCUAGAGAAAAGAGAUUAUGUUACACCUAUUGGGUCUUUGUGCUUUUGAUAUUUUAUUUGUUUAUGGAGAAUAUAAUAAUGAGAAUCUUGUUGAAGAUUAUUGAAA